AGCGCUCGCCGUCCGUCUCUGCUUCAAUGAGCGCUAUUGUUGAGAGGGUCUGCUGUGUACGACCCCCGGACCAGGCGGACCCGAGUCUGCAGACCGUGACACAGGACCGGAUCGGAGAGUCCACCUCGGACUGUAUGUAACUCUGCUGCGCUACGAGAAAACUAACCAAGUUUUUUGUGCGUGUUUUGCGCCGGGACGCACGGACAGAGUGGAUAAAACUUUGGGGUUAAAGCUGCUCGGGUGAAAUCCCGCGGACUGUGGAUUAUUUGAUCAAGAUUUUAAGGCCUGACUUCACAAUGCUGCCUUCCCUCCUGCUCUUCCUCCUUUCAUCUGGAUUGGUUUUAUCCUCCGACUGUCCAGAAGACUGCUCCUGCCAAGGACAGGAUUUAAUAUUUUGUUUUCAUCGACGGUCCAGCACAGUGCCUCAUGCUCCUGCUACAACCCGAAAUCUCUACAUUUUCCAGAAUGGCAUUGACACUCUGGCCCAAGAUGACUUCAGAGGUCUGGGAGAUUUGGAGUUGCUAGAUCUGAGUCAGAAUGAGCUCACAGAGGUUCCAGAUGGUGUGUUUGGGAUGCUGUCAAAGCUGAAGAACUUAGAUCUCUCUUCUAACCACAUCACUCACAUUUCUAAAGGGAGUUUCUCUGGGUUGGUUCAGCUGGAGAGGCUAUAUCUUCAUUCAAAUCGUAUCCAGAGCAUCCAUAAAGAAGCUUUUGAAAGUUUAGAGAUGCUACUAGAACUCAAGCUUCAAGGGAACCAACUCACCUCCCUGCCAUCCCUUCAUUUCCCAAGGCUUCUGCUCCUCGAUCUUAGUAACAACAACAUCCCAACCCUGGGCCCUUCAGACCUCCAGACACCUCACCUGGAAGCCCUCAAGGUGUCGUAUUUGGGACUCACCUCUUUGGAUGAGGAUCUCAUUGCCUCCCUGGGGAACCUCCAUUACCUUGAUAUCUCUAUGAACCAGUUAGUAGAAGUGCCACAGGCCCUAAAGCAGGACACCCUGAAGGGGCUGAUCAAGCUCAGUUUGGCUGGCAACCCACUGGGAGAGCUUAGGUUGGAGGACUUUCAGAAACUCACUGGGCUGCAGGAAUUGGAUCUAAGUGGACUUAAUUUACAAGGAUUUCCCCUGGGUUUCUUACAGACUUUCCCUAAAUUGAUGGACCUGACAGCAGCUGAGAAUCCCUUCAACUGCCUGUGUCCUUUAGCCUGGUUCCCUGUGUGGCUAAAAGAGAAGGGUGUGACUCUUGGGAGGCGUGAGGAAACCAGAUGCCACUUCCCUCUAGUUAACGCUGGGAAGAUGUUGUCAGAACUAGAGAACAAAGACUUUGGGUGUCCACAUACCACAACAGUGCUAAUUGACUCACCCAUUGGAAGUACUCCUGUUCCACAGAUGCCAACCACAUCUCCAGAAACCACCCAUACAAAUGCUAUUCCCCCACCUCCACCCAGUGAGGAAACUUUGUCCUCUAAAACAGACAGCUACCAACUUCCACCAGAAACUGCAGUCUCGCCGAGCACCAGCGGGGAAUACGGACAGCACAUCUGCCCCUCAAACAUUUGCCUCAAUGGGGGCACCUGUAAUUUUGAUCCUCUGGGGCAACUGGGCUGCUUGUGUCCAUCAGGAACUACUGGUCUCUACUGUGAAAAUAUGGAUGAAGUUCCAGAGCCACCAAAACCUUCAGCAACAGAGGUCUCUGUGGUGGCCCCAGUCAUGCCCGAACUUGAUGCUAUCAGUUCGCGUCAGGUGACAGCUACAUCUAUCCUUCUUGACCUACAUCGCUUCAUUGAAACGCAGCCUCACAUUCGUGGAAUCAGGCUGACCUACCGCAACCUGUCAGGCCCUGACCGGCGGCCCAUAAUUUUGAGAGUACCAGCAUCCUAUCCAGAGUAUACUAUACGUGGUUUGAGACCCAACUGCACCUACUCAGUCUGUGCAAGUCCAUUAGUUGAAAGAAUCAACUCCAAAACCAACAACUCUGUGGAAACAGUUUCCUGUACAGAAGCUCGCACUGCAGGGAUUCCCUUGACAUCCUCAGAGCCCCAGGUGACAACACCAGGACAACUGACCGACACUCUUAUCCCCGCCCUGGCUGCCCUGGCCUUGGUGCUGGGGUUGGCUGUGGUGGCUGGAACCGUCAUCUGCUUGCGAAAGAGGAGGCAGGCAAAGGCAGGAAUGGAGCUAGAGCUUGGUCCAGCGGAUUCUGAUCCCAUGGACCUUGAGGGAGGAAAACCUUGUCUGGAAAAUGGGGGAAAUGGAACACUACCCCACAAACAGCCUGAAAAUGACUCCUGUCAUACUCCUCAAACACCUCCAUCGUUGCAACAGAAUGGGGGUUUGGACUAUGAGGUUCCCUUGAUGCAAGAACACUACCCAUCAAAUAACAAUCUAUCAUCCUUAAAACCAUCUUAUUUCUGAGAUCCAGUACAGUAAAACAUUUUGAAAAACUCUGGAGGACCUGUUUAGUGUCAUUUUUAUUCCAAUCCCACAGAACGGCACUUACUAUUUUUUUCUUGUCAAAUGAUUACUCACAGGCUCUAUCCUUUAUCUGGGAUAAGUUGAAUGAUGAAUUUGGUAAUGUGAAAAAAAACCCUGUGGGACAGCAGCCAGGAUGUGGUUUGAAGUCAUCGAGUAGGGCCUGAUAGUGGAAGAACCUAACCAAGUGAUUAAACUAAGUGCAAUCUACUAGAAGAGUGUUAGUAGCAGACUGAAAACGGAAGUGCCUUUUUGCAUUGACGCAAUUGUAACCUUUGGCUCAUUUUUAUUUCUUUGUUUAUAUAAAAGAAGCUAUGUAAAUGAGCUGUAAUCCUAUUGCUGGAUAUGGGAAGUAAAGUACGGAGAAAAGGGUCUCAGCUAACACAAAAAAAAGUGAUGUAACUGUUAUCUGGCCUGGACCACAUGCCCCUAUCCUAAAGGGGUUCUGACCAACCGCAACUUUUUCAAGAGGAUUGCAAAGAGAACUUGCACUGAAAAGAGAUUCUCCUUUUCCUUUCCAGUGUUGCAGACACGAAUGGAUGCAAGACUCAUGAUCACAUGAGGCAAAACAAGAGACUCUGAAAAUAUGUCUUGCCAAGCUAGUAAAAGGUUGAAGACCAUAAAAGCUGUGUAAACUUCAUAUUUUGUUGGUGACAUUAUCUAAUCUGCAGCAAACCUUCGAGUUUCUUCACAUGUGGUUUUGGAUUCUUCACUGUCAACAAAUCUCCCAUAAUUCUCUCCACACAUCCCAGGCUUUUAGCUCCAUGGAUGAUUAAUUUGCUGUGAAAGAUAAAUGGACUGAAUGAAGAGCCAUUUAGAAUGGACUUUGCCCUUAUUGUUCUGUACAGUUGAUAUUAUUUCCUAUGCUUUUGUCAUGUGUUUUUUCUUUUUUUUUUUUGUAUUUUUAACUUUUUUUUUUUUUUUUUUUUUUUUUUUUUUUGUGGUGUUGAUGUCCAUUCAGUAUUGCUAUUAUUGUAAAUUAAAACAUCAUUAGUUGUUGUCCCUUAAAACCCUGCUUAAAGCCAUUAUGGAUUAGAUUUAUUUUGUAUUUUAGGUUCCUAGUUGCUGAAAUGUCUCUAAGCUGCCUGUUGUGAGUGUCUAAUUAAAACUAACUUCAUUUCUUUUCUUGGGAGACAGACACAAAAAGAAACCCACAAUGAUAAAAUUCAGUUUAAAUUUAGUCUUUUUAUUUUAAAGUCAGUCAUCUAUACAUCAUUUAUAUUGUUUCCCAAAAUAUCAAGUGAAUGUAAAGUGUCUUCCACUUCUGUCAAAUCUCCAUACGGACAUGAUUAUGACAAGUCUCAGACCGUUUUCCACUGCCAAAACCACAUUCAAAGGCGUUUGCCAUAGAGUCCAAUCUAUAAAGCGACACAUAGAUGCCAAGAAAAGAAAUAGGGUUCAAAGAGCUUCCAGGGUUUUCGCUGUUUCAUUGAGUUUACAACAGUUGUUUCCGCUUGGCACUGCCGACCAUAUCAUACUCGCAGCUACUUUUUUUGUUUUCUUUCACACCCUCCAUCUGGAUUGCUCUCCCUUAACUUUACUCAUCCAGUUUGUUUGGGUCAACAGUCAUUAUUGGCUUGAUUGUGUGGAGACGGUUUUGCUUGUUUACAGCUAACCAGACUGUGAAAUGCACAGGCUAAAUGCGCCAUUAUGGUGUUUUUUUUAUUCUCUUUAUCCUGUCUGGGGCUGGGAAUGUCAUAAGCUUUUAGCGGUACUUUCCUCUUUUUAUAUCUUUCCCUGUCAUGAGAGCGAAAGCAAAUAUACAGUAAUAGGUUUACAGAGACAUGCCUUAGCAACAUUGCUGCAGAGACUUACUGACAUCUUGUAGUUUCAUGUUACAUGCUGAUGCGCAUUGCAAGAACAAAAGGGUCUUUAUUUUGCCUCGGAGGACGUUGCAUUAUCCUACAUUACAAGAAAAAAUGAAGAAACAUGAAAUGUAAUGGAAUUUUUUCCUGAUACAGAAUCAGUUCAGUCAGGUUUAAAAAAAAAAAAAAAAAAAAAAAAAAAGUUCACUGUUAUCCAAAACCUUGGAGUCAUCUGUUUGUUCAAGUUCAGGUGUGUGUGUGUGUAUAUAUGUGUGUACAUUUACAGUACAUUGUCUGCUUUAUAAUCGAGUCCAUGCACUAUACUGGAACUCAGUCCAAAGUCAACUCUCCAAUCCACUCACUACUUUCUUCUCUCCAUCAAUAUUCCAGUAUAAACAUAGACGCUCAUAUAUCUGCUCUCCCUCAGUAUCUCAACUGGAAGACCCUUUGUGUUGCUUUGAGCAGUUAGAGAGGCAGGAGAUAUGGAUUGGAAAUAUCUCUACAUGCCUCUUACAGUACCUUCCCUGUUUAUUUAGGGAAACCUUUUCAUCUUUAUUCCUUUAUGUUUUGUGUUAGUAAUGUUUUUUGUGUUCAUGUUUG